UCCCAGUGGAGGAAGAGUUUAAAAGGACACUGAUAGCCCAGGGGAAGGGGGAAUGAGCUGCAUGUGGCACCAGGCAACAAGGCUGGUGCUGAGAGCUUUGCCAGGAGUGGCAACAGCUUUGUGAGGGUUUCUCCAGCAGCAGGGACUUGGAUUCCUCCCCAUCCCCACCCCUUUGGGAGAUGAAAGCCUAAGAGAGAUGGAGUGAUUGAACUGGACACAGAGACAGAGGGAAGUCUGCUAAGCCAGCGAUGGUGCCCUGAACUGAGGAGCUCCAGAUGAGCUGGGCUCACACCUUGCUAAAUUCCGGCACCAGCCACAAGCCUUGGGGGAGCUGAAGGGAAUGAAACUGCUGGCUGCCUGCUUCAUGUACCUGCUGCUCAUCUGUCUAGCCUUGCCCAAAGUCGAAUGCCGACUCCACGAGCGAUCCAUGGAAAUCAGGAACCCUGAUAUCGACCCUUCCUGGUACACAGGGCGUGGGAUCAGACCCGUGGGACGGUUUGGCCGGAGGAGAGCAGUCGUGGAGAGCUCCCAGAAGUCGGGCUAUGGACACAGGCAAGCUUGCUUCCCUCUAGAAGAAAGCAGUGAAUCCAUUCAAGAUGAAUGAAAUGGCUAAGACAAAGAAUGAAUUUUGAAUGAUGAUAAGAAAAGACCCUUCUCCUCUCUUUCUUUCAUAUCCCAGCCUCUCUUCUAGGCAAAUUAAAAUGUUUGGUCUCAUUUCAAUGUAUCUUUGUGGCUAUAAAGUAUGGAAACCAAACAGCAGUUGAUAGCUCCAGUAUUUUUGCAGACAAUUUCCUUCUUGUCUGUGUUUUCUUUUUCUCUCCCCUGUUCCCCAUUUGUCCCCCAUUUCUGGCUUUUGCUCUCAGUCUAAGAUGAUUUGCACCAGAAAAUUGCUGGGGGAAAGAAAUACAAAUUCCCAUGUUAAUUCUCUUCCUGGAACAUGGGCUCUUUUAUACAAACCAAAAUAAUAAUAAAAAAAUCAAGAAAUUGAGCUCUGCACAUGUCUGCUGUGACUUUAAAUGUAUCAGACUUGUCGCAACUCUCUUGGGCAGUAGGAUCUUUAGAACCGAGUGGCAUCACUUUCCGCCGAGAUUGUAUCUCUUUUCCUGAACAAAGAAAAGGAGGACUUGUGGCACCUUAGAGACUAACAAAUUUAUGUGAGCAUAAGCUUUUGUGAGCUACGGCUCACUUCAUUGGAUGCAUUCAGUCUUUUCCUGAACAAUUUCUCUUCCGCAUAAUAAAGU